CUUGACUAUAACUUCCAAAAUCCAAAUUUUAGUAGAAUUUGCUGAUGGUAAUAACAAGAAUGGUUAAAAAUGUAUAAACAUACUGUGAUCUGGCAACACUGUCUUUCUUUUACGUCAAAAACAAGUGUUCGGAAUGGCAGACGCGCCGACAACAGCGCCUAAGGCCAAAGCGCCUAAAACUAAAGCUCCUAAAGAGAAAGCUGCAAAGGAUGCUCCAGCGGCGCCAGCGGAAUCCCAGAAAGUCGUACGCAAGGUUUCCAAAGCUCGUCACGGUAGACUGUAUGCGAAGGCCGUGUUCACAGGAUACAAACGUGGUCUCCGAAACCAACAUGAAAAUACUGCACUUCUGAAGAUUGAAGGUGCUCGAUCAAAAGAUGAUGCAUUAUUCUAUGCAGGCAAGAAAUGUGUAUAUGUAUACAGAGCCAAGAAGAGGACACCUAUUGCUGGAGGACCCCGUGGAAUUAAGACCAAGUUGAGGGCCAUCUGGGGCAAGGUGACUCGUCCCCAUGGCAACUCAGGCAGUGUCAGAGCUCGCUUCAAGUCUAACCUUCCUGCUCAGGCAAUGGGACACAGAAUACGAGUGAUGUUGUAUCCAUCAAGGAUUUAAACAGCCUUUAAUUUAAGAAUUAAAAAUAAAACCCAAAAAAAUA